GACAGAGAGAGAGAGAGAGAAAAAAAGUCAGAAGCAACGAUGGAGAUAGCCGCCAUUAACACCGUCUCCGUCGCGCCGCAAUCGCGCCUACUCUCAAACACAUUCUCCAGGAAGCUAGGUUCCGUCUCUUCUCUUUCGCUCCGUUCCAUCGAGAGAGAAUAUCGCGUUGGUAGCGCUAGGCUUCGCGCGUCUGCAGCGUCCUCCUCCUCAAUGGACGCCGUCACCGCCGAGAAAACAUCGCCGUCGAGUUUUCUCGAAAACAGAGAAUCCAAAAAAGUUCUUCAUUUCGUGAAGUAUCACGGUCUCGGCAAUGACUUCAUUUUGGUGGAUAACAGAGACUCAUCGGAACCUAAGAUCACUCAAGAGCAGGUGGCGAAGCUCUGCGAUCGGAACUUCGGUGUUGGUGCUGAUGGAGUUAUCUUUGCAAUGCCGGGAGUCAAUGGUGCUGAUUACACAAUGAGGAUAUUCAAUUCAGAUGGAAGUGAACCAGAGAUGUGUGGUAAUGGAGUUAGAUGCUUUGCAAGAUUCAUUGCUGAGCUUGAGAACUUGCAGGGGAAGCAUAGUUUUACAAUGCAUACCGGAGCUGGCCUGAUUGUUCCUGAAAUUCAAGAUGAUGGACAGGUUAUGGUUGACAUGGGGAUACCGAUUCUAAAAGCACAAGAUGUGCCCACCAAGUUGCCUGGGACCAAAGGUGAAGCUGUUGUUCAGGCAGAACUAGUUGUUGAUGGAGUCACCUGGAAUGUGACUUGUGUUAGUAUGGGCAAUCCUCACUGUAUCACAUUUGGUACAAAGGGUGGACCGAAUCUGAAGGUUGAUGAUUUGAACUUGCCAGAGAUUGGUCCAAAGUUUGAGCAUCAUGAAAUGUUUCCAGCUCGAACUAACACAGAGUUUGUGGAAGUCUUAUCACGUUCUCAUUUGAAAAUGCGUGUCUGGGAGCGCGGAGCAGGAGCAACUUUGGCAUGUGGAACUGGAGCUUGCGCUCUGGUUGUUGCAGCAGUCCUUGAAGGUCGAGCCAACAGGAAAUGCACGGUGGAUCUGCCGGGCGGACCACUGGAGAUAGAGUGGAGGCAGGAGGACAACCAUAUCUACAUGACGGGUCCUGCGGAAGCUGUCUUCUACGGAUCAGCACUGCUCUAAGUGUUCACGGUCAUUGACUUGUCUCUCACCCUUGUUAAGACUUAAGAUUGUGUUUCAUUGGAACUGAUUCAUGAAUAUUGUUUAUGUACUUGUGUUGUUUUCGGGGUUUCAGAGUAAAAUUCCAAACCUUCUGAGUAUGUGCGUUUAUGUUCAUAGAUUUAAAACACUGUUCUCUCA